UGGUCAGGGGCCCCGGUUAUCAGCCGUGAGAUCGGUGGUGGGGGCGCUGCGGCCGGGGACCUACGGGAGGAUGCGCGUUUCUGCUUGUCACACAGCUGCCGCUUCUAUCCACUUUAGCUGUUACAUUUUCGCUUCUUCUCACCGGGACUGUUAAUGCGGUCAGAGCUGAAAAGCAACGUGUUUCCGCAAAAACGUGAGUCAGAAGGUCGGCCUUUCAGUUAAGUUCUGUCUGCGCAGAAAACGUGUCUGACAAGGGAGCGAUACAGGUUUCCAGCUGUGGACUUCAAGGAAUGUAGUCUGUGUACCGUCCCUGAACUAUGUUCGUCUUGCAAUGUAUUCCUUACCGCUGUAUUCACAAGAAUUUACCUCUUUGAUCAUAAAAGUUCAUCUUGUCUAAUAAAUACCGGCGGAGCUGCCGUCUUUGGCACUUAAAAACAAAAGCCCUUUCACCUUUACUCGGGUCUCUCACAUCCAAUUAAGACGGACGAGCUCGGCUGGAACGAACAGGACUACGGAGACUGUGGUGAGAAGUCCCAGGUGCUGUCUUUGCCCGGCGAUGCGGUGUUACCCGAGAAAAGCUCUGACAUACACAGCCGCUCUCAUCUCCCUCAUCGUCCUGCUCUACGUAUCGGUCUACUCCCCCAGCACGGAGACGUCCGCACCUGCGUCUGGACUGCUGCGGAACUACGGAGAGGUGCAGAUAUGGGCUCGGGAGCUUGUCUCACAGCAGUUCCACUCUGAAAGGAACCUGCAGAUUUUUCACCAUCUCCAGAAUGACAUGGUGCCAUUCAACACGUCCUACGAGUUCCUGGCCGGCUUUCCUGCAGCGUCCCAGAAGUACCUUACUGUGGGCCUGUCCUCCGUCAAGAGGAAGCAAGGUUUUUACCUGUUGGACACCCUCCACUCGAUCUUCACGGAGUCGUCUCAAGAGGAGCUGGAGGAGAUGGUGGUCGUGGUUCUUCUGGCAGACUUCGACAUGGACUGGAAUGAGCGAAUGCUCAAAGUUAUCUCCGAGAAGUUUUCUGAUCCUGUCCUCAAAGGGCAGCUCCUGAUCACCCACUUGGGGCAGAAGCAUUACCCACCGUUGGAGGGACUGAAGCGAAAUUUCAACGACCCUCCAGACCGCGUCUACUUUCGCUCUAAGCAAAACGUGGAUUACGCCUUCCUCCUCAGCAUCAGUGCCAAUCUAUCACGCUACUACCUCAUGCUGGAGGAUGACGUGGUCUGCGCCAGGAAUUUCCUCACCUCCAUCAAGAAGUUCAUUCAGUCCCAGGGCAAUUCCCCGUGGGUCACCAUGGAGUUCUCCAAGUUGGGCUACAUUGGCAAGUUGUACCACUCUAGCAGUCUGCCACAGUUGGCAUCCUUCCUGUAUUUGUUCUACCAGGAGAUGCCGUGUGAUUGGCUGCUGGGCCAUUUCAGCAAACUUCUGGUUCAGGUCAAGCCCAUUCGCUUCAAACCAUCUCUCUUCCAGCAUAUGGGCUUAUACUCGUCCUUUAAGGGCACGCUGAAUCGCUUGAAGGACGAAGACUUCGAGCAGGAUCCCGAGAAUGUCUCUGAUAACCCCCCGGCUGAUGUCUUCACGGACAUAACCCCUUUUAAGGAAUUCACAGCCAAGAAGGCAUAUGAUUUAGGGACUAGCUUCUUCUGGGGAAAGAAUCCCUCCGCAGGAAACCACUUCACCCUCGUUUUCCGCAGUCCUGUCGCUCCGAAACGCAUCCUGAUCAGGACAGGGGCCCCGGACUCAAAGAAGGACAUUUUGGUUUCUGCGGAUGUGGAGGUAGGUUCUGAUCCAGUACGGACAGACAAAGUGCCACGGUGUUCAAAGUACUUCAAACUUGGCUCCUUGGUCGAUGGGCAGUUUGAGAAAAAGGACUUCGAGAAGGAUGUUGCUUCUGCUUUGUCUUGCCUGAGAAUUUUAGUGAGUCAAAGCCAGGAGCAAUGGGUCAUUAUUCAUAAAAUACAAAUUUGGACUUAGUUAUGGUUAAAUUAAAAACAGAAAUGGCAUUCAGUCUGUACCCUUUGAUAUAUAUUGUGUUAAGAAAAUAGUUUGGUGGUUUAAUAUUUUUGAUGAAGAAUACUUGUUCCAAAAUAAAGCUAUUAAAUGAUUCAUAUCAUCUAA